CUCAAGUUGUUGCCCAAAAACUUGAGAGAAGAGGGGAACAAAUUAGACAAACACGAAAAAGUGCAUUUUUUUGUCAGAGAGCAGCGAUGGAUGCAGGCGUCCAGAUGCCAUCUUCACCAGAGAAAACCGCACCGCCGAAAAAACAGAGACAUCGGAUAAGACGUCGUCACCCUUGUCCAAAAUGUGACCGGGAUUUUAUCUGCAAGUCCCGGCUGGCGGACCAUGUGGCCGCACACAUGGGAGAAAAACCCCACAGCUGCCCCGUGUGUGCCAAGUGCUUCACGAAGAAGGUCAACUUGGCAGCACAUCUCCGCGUUCACACCGGCGAGAAGCCGUUCUCCUGUCCAGACUGCGGGGUUAGCUACGCCCAGCGCAGCUGCCUACGGCGUCACCGGCUGAGUCACGCCACAGAGAAGCCCCACAGCUGCUCCGUGUGUGGGCGGGGAUUCAUCCAGCGGCGUUAUCUCGUACAACACGAGCGGAUACACACGGGAGAGAGGCCGUUCUCCUGCCCGCUCUGCCCCAAGCGCUUUGCCUCCAAGUCGGGUCUGACCGAGCACCAGUUCAUACACGGAGAGCAGAAGGAGUUCACGUGUGCUCUCUGUGAGAAGGUCUUCACCACGCGCUCGUCCUUCAGAGACCAUGUGAGGAUCCACACGGGGCUGAAGCCACACACCUGUUCGCUGUGUGGCAAGAGCUUCAACCGACCGGGUCUGCUGAAGAAACACCUGCAGAAACACGAGGAGGACGAGGAGACCAUCACGGCUGUCGCUGUGAGCAUCGUGAGUCACACUCCUAACACUCUCCUGACGUCCGACACAGGAAUCAAAGUCAGUGUCAGACAGAGUCUGAAGUAUUGA